UAUUUAUUUAUGCAUAAAUUGUAUGCUAGCGGUUAAACGGACAUUGGUGUACCAAUAUAAUAUUCAGCUUAAUCUGGUGAUAAUCAAAGGUAAAGGAUUUCGUAGAGUGUUCAAAAUAUUUACAUGCACACUGAGCUUUUAGCGGCUGUACUUUGGAGUGAGAAUAUAAUAAUGUAAUAAAAAAUGUCUUAAUUGUAUUGUUCAAUUUGAAAUCCUUUUGUUGAACAUUGAGCUGAUUGGUGGCAAUAUUGAAUAGAGAUGUGCGGCUUCAUCCUUUCUUUCGGUGUCAUCAUAUGUGAUAUCAAUUUAAUCAGUUUUAGGCUUAACUGUUUCCCUCCGUCUGACUUGAACAUGGACAAUUAGACGGCAGACAAGCAUCAGAAUAAAUACAAUUGAUGGAGCAGUUCGCUCAAAUUUAUCCUUAAUCAUAAUGUGUGUAUAAAGUCCGAGGACGGUUAAAACGAGAAGAAUCCAGUUUGCCAAUUGUUUGAUCCUUCCUGGUAUAAUGGCUAAAGUGAAACCAGCAACAAUCUCAGACCAUCCAACAAUUAGCCGAUAAGUUUUAGGUGAUAUCUUGAUGUUGAAAUGAGACGGUAUUGGAAACACUUUCGCAUAUUUAACAUAAUUACGGCGAAUCUCUCGAUGCAUUUCACGGUUAACCGCUGGGGUUACUUUCAAUGAGCCAAUCAACAAGAAAAACAAACCUAAAAACACUGAAAGGGUUACCAACACGAUGGACUUCAUUUCUAAUUGUAACACGAUUGUUAAUCAACAGCAGUACCUUUCUGGUCCUUUGUUUAAGUAUAGGAAAAUUGAAUGAAAAAAAACUGGUAAACAGCAAUUGUUGAAUGUGGGAUUUAUCAUUGUGGGAGACCAAUCGAUCGGUAAAUGGGUCGAUGGUAUGGACUUAACAUGCGCCUCGAGUUUAUACAAAGAUUUCUCUCUGUCUUCGAGAUUGAGAUCUCCAAUAGAUUAUACAAGUCAGUUUAAACAUAUGAGAAAAUUGUUCAAUAUUGACCAAAAUUUCAGAUAUAAAGUGAAUCUAAUCAAACUUAUAAUAUUGAAUUUAGUAAAAUAAAUUUACUUUUUUACACUCCAUGAGAAAUUAAUUUGACACAAGCAAAAUUGUAAUAUUGUAAACCAGCAUUUGGACAUCAUGAGCCUUUUAUUUAAAACUCGUAGUCAGUUGAAUGAUUUUUUCAGUGAAUUUCGCCGAUAUAUUGCACCAACCUAUUACCAUGAUAGAUGUGAAAGAUCACUCCAUAUGAAUAUUUAUGCUAUUCAUAAACGAGAAAUAUUAUUGUCUUUAGCUGGUUUCUUAUCUGGUUUUAUACUACUUUUAUUCAUUGGUUUGGCUGGACCUAAUGUUACCAAAUUGGACACAUUAAAGGCGUCACAAAUCUUUGAAAAGGACAAGAUAACCAACAAAACAGUCCAACAAAACCUUCUUGUUUCGGGUCCAUUUAAGAUUACAGUUCCUGAGAUGUCAACUUAUUCGGGUUACAUUUGCCUUUGGAUUACUUUUUAUAUUAAAGGUGAACCUGAUUCGGGUGCAUUUCAACGGCGAUUUACAAUCGCAAUUAAUAUUGAGGGUAAACGAAGUAAUAACGAGACUAGUAAUCCAAUUCUUGAAGAAUCUUUUGAUACUGAUGGUGGACAUUAUCAUCAUCUUGAUUGCAAUGGUAACUCAUGUGAACCCAUUCAGGCCCUUCAUCUUGAAUAUUUGGAAUAUUCAGAUUAUUCAAUUGAAAUUCGUUUCGCUGACCUGGAACAUUUUAAUCAAAAAAAUCCAAUCACAGAUAUUCACUUUACUUUCCAAUCAAUCAAUCCAUCCUUUACCAGUUUAACCAUUUGGUUUCGUUUCAUCUUUUUAGUGAUAGCAUUCAUAAUCUCGUGUUGGUUUAACCAUUGUCUUUACCGUUAUAAUUUCACUGAUUGGUCAAUGGAGCAAAAAUGGACUUCAUUCUUAUUAGUUGCUCUAAUAUGCUAUAACAAUCCAUUUUAUCCUUUGAUGUAUCUUUCCAACUCCAAGAUUCCCUACGUUUUGGAGAUAGUUUUCCAGACAACGUUUACCUGCUCAGUUCUUCUUUAUUGGGUUUGUUUUUUUCAUGGAAUCCGGCAAAACAAUAGAUCAAUAGCUCGUUUUUAUAGUAUUAAAUUUAUGAUUGUUGGAACCCUUUGGUUAAUCAUACUUUAUGGAGCAAACUGGUCACGAAUUCAGAAACUUGAGAAGCCAACAUUAGACGAAGAAACAGCCUAUUAUGGUUCAGCACUUUUAAGAACUUGUAAUUUCCUCUUCUACCUUUUAUUCAUAAUAUACUUCAUUUAUCUGGUCUUAUUGCUAUUAACUGCAUUUACGGAGCUUCGUGCCAUGCCAUACUUUGAUCUUCGCCUUAAAAUUCAAGCAUUCCUUUUGUGUUUUACGUUAACCAUAUCUUUUUUAGUUGUUAUCCUAUCCAAACCAACAUCAGCAUCUGAUUCGAUUCUGGGAGAAACUGACAUUACACAGAUACCAUAUCUCCAGCUUUUACCGAUGACCUAUCAGACAACUUCAUCAGCAUCAUUUUUAUCGAUCUUUUCGGUAGCCAAUCUUUAUAUAUGUAUCUGUGCAUACUUUUAUUAUCCAUCAUCGGCCUCAUUGAUGGAUUCACGAGUAGUUCGAGACAAUCCAACUCUUUCCAUGAUCAAUGAUUCUGAUGAGGAUGUUAUAUAUGGGUCUGAUGUUGAACAGCCCUUGAAUCAAUCUAAAUUAAUUGAAAUGAGGAACGAUGACGAAGAAAGCGACUAAUUAAUCAAGAUAUAUAUGCUCAAUAUACUGCUUGGAGGAUACUGCGAAAGGAUUAAGGA